AAAAGAACGAUUCGUUCACGUUAGUUUACCAACGAAUCAUUCUGUCACACAGUGCGUGCUGUAGCGGGUGAGAAACUAAUUUGAAGCUGAAAUGAAGGACCGUCUGGGCGAUUUAACAGCCCUCUGCCAUGACCUCACCAUCGCUCCCGUGGAGCCUAGUGCUUUCCUAGAGGAAUUCCUCCCUAAGGUUAAUGAGGUUCAGCAGCUUAUCGAGAAAAUUUCCCUCUGUGUAGAAGAAGUGAAGCAGAGACAUAGUACCAUUUUGACAGAAAUCAACCCACCGAGUUAUGUGAGAGAGCAGCUUGAGCAGUUUAGCAGUGAAAUUAAGCAGACAGCCGAUGCAAUCAAGGUUAAACUAAAAGAUUUAGAAGGAAAAUUCUCAGAAUAUGAGAAUACUAACAGCAGCUCUGUGUACUGCCGCAUCCAGAAUACUCAGCACACAGUACUUUCACUGAGGUUUGCAGAAAUAAUGAAUAUGUACAAUCAAGAACUGCUAUCUUUCCGGACAAGGAGUAAAGAUCAGAUACAAAGACAGCUGGAAAUCAGUGGCAGGGUCAUCACUGAAGAGGAGACUGAGGAUUUACUACAAAGUAGCAACCCUGCUGUCUUUACCUCAAAUAUCAACUCUGGCUCCUGCAUCACGGGGCAAGCACUGAAUGAGAUUGAGUUACGGCAUAAGGACAUUCUCUACCUGGAGGCCAGCAUUCGAGAGCUGCAUAGCAUGUUUAUGGAUAUAGCCAUAUUAGUCAAUAACCAGGGUGAAAUGGCAAACAACAUAGCAAAGACUGUACUGAAAGCUGAAAACUAUGUAGAUCAAGGGAAAGAGAACAUACAAAAAGCUGUUGAAUACAAAAAGUCCUGGCGGAUAAGACUGCCUAUGUUCAAGAGCAAAGGGAAACCAGCAACCAGCAAGAGCUCUUGAAUGAAUCUUGAACUUUGGAAUGUAUGCUGCUUGCUUUUGCGUUCUAUAAAAAUGAGGGAUUCAUACUCCUUGCUUUUUUCUAAAAAAUCCCGUUGUGUCACUGCUCUUAUUUUACGCCCUGUAUGUUUUGCUGAUCAAUUCAUUUUAAACAGUCUGAGGGAUUUCCUCAGCCCAUUUACAAACAAAAGGCUCUUAUUUGUUUCUGCCUACAUGGUUAAUAAUUAAGCUUUCAAUCAGUUAGACAGCACUAGCAGGGUUUUUCUGAUGCAAUAUGUCAACAAUCAAGUGAGUAACGAGAGGUGUGUUUACAUACACUAAUUUUCUUCUUUAGGAAUAUGCAUGCUUAAUUUGUUCCUGUUUUUCAGGUCUACACCACCCCUUUCAAUCCAAUUGAAAUUUUAUUAAGAUUGACUGAGGUUUUUAUAUAAAGGCUUUUCAAUUCAACCGAGCCAUCUUCUUGGCAAACAAACCUAUUGUGCAAUUCCGUCAAACCGAGUCAUCAGUCUGAUUAUAAAUGGAUUAUUUAGGUGCAUGUAAAAAUAGCCAAUAUAAAAAUUCAAAUGGAUUUUCUUUUAUUAGUUAUGUUUUAUUUGUUAAUUACUUACCCUUAUGUCGUUCCAAACUUGUACGACUUUUUUUUUCUUCUGAGGAACACAUACAGUCAUGGCCAAAAAUAUUCGCAACCUUGCAAUUCUGUCACAAAAUGCUACACUUCUCUCAGAAAGUUGUUCCAAAUGCAAAUGUUUUGCUUAUUGUUUUUGUUUGCACUGCAACAACACAAAAGAACAGAGAAGAGAAGUCAAACUUGAUCAAAUUUUACACAAAACUCAAAAAUAGACUGGAGAAAAUGGUUGGCACCAUGUAAAAAUUGUAAGAAAUAAUUGCUUUUCAAGCAUGUGAUGCAUCUGUAAUUUGUAUUUAGACGCCUAUGGCAAGUAACAGGUGUGGGGAAUAUAGUAAUAACACUUGCAACCAGUUAAAAUGGGGAAAAGUUGACUCAACCUUUGUGUUGUGUGUCACAUUGAGCAUGGAGAAAAGAAAGAAGUGUAAAGAGUUGUCUGUGGAUUUAAGAGAAAAAAUUGUGGAAAAACAUGGACAAUCUCAAGGCUACAAGUCCAUCAACAGAGAUAUUAAUGUUCCUGUGUCCACUGUGCACAAUAUCAUCAAGAGGUUUACAGCCCAUGGCACUGUAGCUAACCUCCCUGGACAUGGAUGGAAGAUUGUUUGAAUGGUUGAUAAAGAACCUGAUUAUCUUCCAAACAAAUUUAAGCUGAUCUGCAGACACAGGGUACAAGUGUCAGCUCGCACUAUCCGUUGUCAUCGAAAUAAAAAGGGACACUGUGGUAGGAGACCAAGGAGGACACCACUGCUGACACCACUGCAUAAAAAAGCAAGACUGGAGUUUGCCAAAACUUACGUGAUGACAAAACCACAAUCCUUCUGGGAGAACGUACUGUGGACAGAUGAGACAAACGUAGAGCAACCACAGCUGCCAAAAUAAUUUUGUAAAAACUAUUUACAGUGAAAAACAAAAUAAAAAUAUA